AUGAGGCUCAAAAUCACUUACCUCCUGACGCUUCUUGGAGCCAUCACUGCCCCCUUGGCUGAGGCUCGAUCGGCAGGAUGUGGUAAGAAUGCUCCCUCGAGCGGCGUCAAGUCCACUACCGUAAACGGCAAAAACCGCCAGUACACGCUCCAGGUCCCAGCAAACUACAACCCAAAGAAAGAGCACAAGCUGGUCAUUGCCUACCACUGGCUCAAUGGCAACAUGGGCGCCGUUGUCAACGGCCAGUACUACGGUCUGCAGCCUCUCUCUGAGGGCACGACAAUUUUUGUCGCGCCAAACGGUCUGAAUGCGGGAUGGGCAAACGAGGAAGGAGAGGACAUUGCUUUUACGGACAAAAUCUUGCAGACGGUACAGGACAGCCUCUGCGUUGACGAAUCCAACAUCUUUGCGACUGGCUGGAGUUAUGGCGGUGCCAUGAGCUUCAGCGCGGCUUGCUCUCGACCCGACGUAUUCAAGGCCAUUGCUGUGAUCUCUGGUGCUCAGCUCAGUGGUUGCAAUGGCGGGAACACGCCGGUUCCUUACCUUGGCAUCCACGGCAGUGCCGACGAUGUGCUCAACAUUGGCCUCGGUCGUCAGCUGCGCGACAAGUACAUUGGUUUGAAUGGGUGCCAGAGCAAGAACGCUCCGGAGCCUAGUCCCGGCUCUAGCAACCGCAUCCGUACUGAUUACUCGUGCCGGGCGGGCUAUCCUGUCACAUGGAUUGCGCACGGCGGUGGCCACGUUCCUGAUCCCAAGGACCCCGGGCAGUCGCAGAGCUGGGCGCCUGGCGAGACCUGGAGGUUUUUCACGCAGGAUGGUCUCAAGGGCGACACGGGUGGUGGCGACCCUGGGACCACGACCACGUUGGUGACCAGGACGACGACGACUGGGACUGGCCCUACCAGUGGACCAUGUGCGGCACGCUAUGGCCAGUGCGGUGGUCAAGGCUGGAGUGGACCAAAGUGCUGCGAGUCUGGAACAACGUGCACAUUUGGCAAUGACUGGUAUUCACAGUGCUUGUAG